GCUCUAGAUAAUAAAGACAAAUUUUUAAGUAGUUUCGUUAAUUAGUUAUCGCUGGUUCGAGAGGAGGGUAUUUAGAUUACCCUACGGGUUAUCGCAGGUUUUCCCCGGUGCAACCCUUUGUGCUUUGUUCCUGACGGCGACUUUGCAGCCGAUUUUUUCUAACAUUUAGUGAAGUAAAAGGAACGUGUUGGUUGAAAGGAUGGCGGAGGGGGCGAGUCCGGUCCUAUAGUCAAUUAAAAACAUGGAAUUGCUUUCUGAUUAGCCCCCUUUAUGCAACAUGGAUAGAGUGUGCGGCAUAACAACCACACCUUAGGCUAUUCUGAGCUUGCAAUAAGGUCCCCAAAAGCCGUGCAAGGAUGUCAAGCAGAUUAGACCGGUUGUUCCUGCUGCUGGAGACAGGAGGCUCUGGCGUUACACGGCAGGCGGCAGCACAACAGCUAGGGGAAGUGGUUCGCCUGCAUCCCCACGAUCUUAACUACCUCCUGAGUCGCGUCCAUGUGUACCUGAGCUCUAAGUCAUGGGAAACGAGAAUAGCUGCAGGUCUUGCAGUCGAGGCCAUAGUGAGGAACAUUCCGCAGUGGAAUCCACAGCCUGUGAAGAGAGAGUAUGUUGAUGAGGAAAUGUGCAAGCCAGUAGCGGGCCGGCUGUCACUGGGCUCUUUUAACAUCAGCCAUGUCCUGCAGAAAGGGUCGUACCUCAUGGCUGCCGAUGAGAAGCAGUUCGAGGCAGAGGAUGAAAAUAUUCAUCAAAUCUUGCAAAUACAAGUUACAUGUUUAUAUACUGCCUUGAUUGUAGCUAGAAAUGGAUAA